AUGGUGCUUUCCAAAGAUGAAUUAUGGGAAAAUGGACAUGACGAGACAGUAGAGGUUAACCAGCGGGCUCUAAUCGACAAAGUACUCGCUCGUUACUCCGGAGAAUUUACCGUAUUCCGCGAAUUGCUGCAGAAUUCUGACGACGCACAAUCCAAAUCUGUCGAGAUCCGAUUCGAAACACAAGCCUAUGUGGACAAUAGAUCUGGAACGCCACGAUCAGAUGAUUCCCUCAGCUCUUCACCUGGCCAGCUACCAGACCUGAAGACUUCGCUGGUACACCACUGGGUAUUUAAGAAUAAUGGAAAUAUAUUCAGAGAUGAAGACUGGAAUCGGCUCAAAAAAAUAGCGGAGGGAAACCCAGAUGAAGAGAAGAUUGGCGCAUUUGGAGUUGGAUUCUACAGCUUGUUCUCAGUAACUGAGGAGCCAUUUGUUACUUCAGGAAAUAAAUGGAUGGGAUUUUACUGGAAAGACAAAAAGGAUCAGUUAUUUGCUCGUAGGGGUGAACUUCCUGAAUCCGAACUCGAUCCAGCUGCCAGAGAAUGGACGAGUUUUACGAUGACACUUAGGGAAGCCACACCAAUGCCAAUAGCUUUUGACUUUACCCGCUUUCUUGCAUCUUCUUUGACAUUCAUGGGACACUUACGUGAAGUCUGUGUUUACUAUGACGAUAAAAGGCUAGUCAAACUCAACAAAGCAUCGGGAUUGCCUCAUAGUCUGGGCAUACCCAAAGGGCUGAAGAGUCAAUCACCAUCUGGAAUCAUGACUGUUGACGACAUUCAAAGUACUCCCCUUUUCAUACAGGCACAAGUUAUGAAGUGGAUUUAUACAUCUGGUACUGGAAAGAAACGACAAAAUCCUACGAAACCCAUCAAAGCAGCGAAUACAGGAAGUCCUGGAUUUUUCUCUUCAUUGUUCAGUACUUUAUCUGGAACGUCAACACCCCAGCGUAUAUCGACAGCACCUCUGCCACCCGUUGAGAAAUCAAUUGAUCAUUUGGCAAUCAGUGAAACUAGCGUUUCUCUGUCUAUUUAUUCGGCGUCAAUCCAAGUGCAUAUCGAUAAGAAGCUCUCCGCAGAGUUGCAACGAUCAACGAAGAAAAAUCCCCCCACCAAGAUGAAAUUUGAACUGAUAUAUACAGCCAAAGAUGAGUACGACGCAAGCUUAGAAGAAGAAGCCAAACACCCAGAAGCAACUGGAAGCAUAUUCCAGGGUUUACGAGCAGAUUUAGAUGGGCAAGGUGCCGCACGAGUAUUUAUUGGACAUAGCACUGCUCAAAGCACAGGUGUUGGAGGUCACAUAUCAGCACGAUUCAUCCCUACAGUUGAACGUGAAUCUAUAGAUUUUAUGGAUCGGCAUGUUGCAGUAUGGAAUAAGGAACUACUAUUCAUUGGAGGAUUUCUCUCAAGAGCUGCAUACGAAUUUGAACUUGCGUCUGUUCAAAAACUCUGGGCUACUUUGAAAACGGGAUCUAUUUCUGACGAUCAGGAACUACAAUUGCGGGCAACAAAUCAGGUUCUACAUGCAUUGAAAUUCUUCAUGUUUUAUCCAUCAACUCCUUCGCCAGAUGUAUCGGCUUUGAUGGAAUCGGCCUUUUUUGAAUGCUCCGCGGAUGGUCGAUUCCCUAUCAUAUCAAGCAAAGGUGUCCGCGAUGUUAGCACCGUUCGACUUCCAGAUCCUACAUUUUCAACUUUUCUCAAAGAAUUGCCAACGUUGCCAGAUACUGUCGUGACUGGUGUUCCUAUCAUGAUAUCGGCUUUGCAAUCUCGUGGCUUAAUCAAGCCCAUAAACUUCCAGGAUGUUCUUCAAGAGCUUCAGUCACGACCAUUGCCAGAAAGUGAAUUUGUCGCAUGCCUCAAUUGGUGGAUUAGCAUCUAUCAGGAUAAAGAUCGAGACAGGCUUGCACCUAUACGAACUCAGUUGAUAAACUCGGUCGUUUUGACGCUUGAAAUCAAGAAAGGGGAACACAAAAUUAUCUCCCUUGCUUCAAUCAAGAGCUUUAUUAGUCCAAGGUCCCCAUGUGCGCAUAUCCCUAUGGAUGGCCCAUUGCCUGAAAAUGUUUUGCCAAACUCUAUUAGCAAGUUGUUCAAGCCAGAAGUACUUGCCAGCUCUUUUCCUUGGACAGAAUUUACCAUUGUUCAAUGGGUUUCGUUCAUUUGUGACGAUGGGGAUUUUCCAGCGGAAUACAGCAUAAGUACAUCUCCUCCAUGGGCAGAGCGCGUGUUAUCGUUGAUCAUACGCGUUUGGCCCAGCCUUGCGUCGCCAUACAAGAUGGACAUUAUCCGUACGCUUAGACUCAAGGCUUGUAUUCCUACCUCCGCAGGCAUGGUCGUACCCCAAGAAGCUUAUUUUCCUAAUGUCAAUAUUUUCGGCGAUUUGCCCAUUGUGACAUUUCCCGGUGGAACAUCUAUCAAGGGAACAGCAGAGAAGGUUUUACAGGAAAUUGGAGUCCGGAAGCACGUUGAAUUGCAAAUCAUCUUCAAUAGAAUGAUCAAGACCAAUGAGUGGACCAUUGCUGAUCUCACCAAGUAUCUGGUGUCAGUCAAAGGAUCGCUAACCGAUACAGAGUAUCAAAGGCUAAGAGCAACAGCGGCCUUUCCUAAGGAAAGCUGCGAUGGCUCUCAUGACAACGGAAAACGCGUGCGAUAUACGGCCAGUCAACUCUACGAGCCCCUCGACAUUUUCCGUACAUUAAAACUGCCUAUAAUUGACUGGGGCCAGCAGCUCAAAUGGAAGAAUUCUUCAGAAGAAGCUAGGUUUCUCUUUGACAUAGGAUUGCAAAGGUACCCUCCCUUGAACAGAAUCAUAGAUUUAUGUGCGAGCGAGGAUUCUACGAUCCGGCCUGUGGCAUUGAGAUAUCUCAUCGAUAACCUAGAGACUCGAUAUAGAGACUAUGAUCCACAGAAUUAUGUGAAUAUCCGGUUCAUACCAGCAUUGAAAGGUUCUGAACCUUGCCUAGGAACGAUACAAGAGGUAUUUUCUGCUCAAUGGGCAGCAGUAGGUUUUCUAGUGCUACAUCCUUCGUAUCAGUCAUAUGCCUCCAAAUUAAAGAUACAAGAUCAUCCUCCUGCCUCACAAUUAAUGGCAUUGCUGCGAUCAAAACCCCCUGGAACUGAUCAGGAAGCUAGGGAACUCUUCCGCUUACUGGCUGGAAGGGUGAAUGACUUCAAAAACUCUGAUUUAGUCACUUUGUCAACAACUUCGUUUGUCCCAAUCACAGGCGGAAAAAAUGUUUCUGACUCUACCGUACGGUGGUUACCUCCUUCGCAGUGCUAUUUAAGUAGUGAAGGACGCGAAAGUUUUCAUUCAAAGCUUUUUGUGUUCAUUGAUUUUGGGACUGCUGCAAAUGCAUUCCUUACGGCAUGCGGGACAAGAAGCCAGCCCAGUGUUGAAGAAGUUGCGAAGAUUCUGCUGAAUUCCCCACGGGAGUUCUACGAGUUAUCUGGAGGACCUGUCAACUUUUUGUCAGAAUUACGAAACCUUGCUGUCAACGCGAAGGCUAUCACCCCCGGUACAAUUUUACGGAUGAAAAGAUCGCCCAUUCUCCUCUGUCAACAAAGACAACUGAAGCGCCAAGUCAAAACAAGUGACGACUGGGAUGAAGAUGACUGGGAUAUGAGGUACGAUCUCAAGAAACCAAGUGAAAUCAUUGUAGCCGACGACACGCAUGCCUAUCAAUCUUUCGGAGAAUCUCUUUAUACGGCACCACAAGAAGAUAUCAUAGAAGCAUUUUAUUGUCAACUCGGCUCCAUGAAACUGAGUAAAGUCGUGAAAGAGGAAUACAAAACGACAGUAGAGCUGCACAAUUCGAAAACAGCGACUGAAGUAAGGGCCCUAAUCCUGGAACGACUCCCUUUAUUUCUGCAUGAACAUACACACGCUCGAACCAGAGUUUCUUUCUCCUGGAUCUCGGCCAACAAAAACUUUCUUGUUAAAGCAUUCGGAAAGUUGGGGGUCAUAAAACAUCUCAGUUACGGAAAUCUUAAUCUUUCCAAAAGCCAAGAUGCAUCUGCUAUAGCCCGCCGCUUUGGCUCUGGGCCAAUCGAGCUGUGGAUUGCGGGAAAUGCACAGAUCGACAUAGUUGCUACGUCACUCAACCGUUUACUCUUCGACUCGCCGAAGACUAAUGAUGCUCUUCUUUUCAUGACAAUCCUUUCUACUGAUCUGCGAUCAUUAAAGCGCCGAGGAUACAAUGGUAACAACUACAAAUCUUUAUGUUUGCUGUCAAAUCGUUCUCAAUCCAUCACUCCAGUUGAUAGAAUUUUACGUCAACAAAGAGACGCACGCCUAGCUGCAGAAAGUGAUCGAAUGGCAAAAGAGAAAGAAAAAGCUACCCAAUUGCCCCCACCGCCACUACCGCUUGCAGAUACACGACCGGCAGUCAAUGAUCAUCCCAAUCCUGACCCAAACGAACUAGUUGAAAGUAAACCAUUACUGCCAACGAAUCUUGCGGGUCACUUGCAAAACUUUAGACGGAAAAUUGGCUCAAUGUCAUCUUCUGCUACGAAGCCUUUCCAGCCUUCUGUACCUAACACAGACAGCUCAAGCCAAGCUUCAGAACAAGGGCCUUCACCACGUUCGCCAGGUCCACCAACUUCGACAAACAACUCUGAUAAUAAUUCGGGGAUUACACCCAUUAGCAAUAUAUCGAAAAAUAUCGACAUGGCUGUCAGCUCGUGCCGGUCCGAAUCUGCAAACCUAUUAACCAACCGUCAACAAAUGCAACGCGUCAAGGAGAGUUUGAACGAUGGCUAUUGCGACAUUUCUGGACGCAAAGGAGAUCUGCAUCACAUAGGCCAAAUGGGCCCCGUGAAGGUAUACUUAUCAGAAGAAAUUCCCAAUCAUCAAGCAGGGAUGUUCAUGGAGGAGAAACGACACUCUCUUGCACGUUUUGUUUACAUUAUGAAACCUCUUGCAACCAUAUACGAUUUACCACUGACCAAAUUGCAUAUAUUCUACGACCUUGAGGGCGGAAUCAUUGCCUUCAAUCGUAACGGUAGCAUAUUUUUGAAUUUGCGAUAUUUUGAAGAAUGGCAUGAUACAGACGUCAAAAAUGAGAAGCUUCAAGAUGCAUACAUUUCUUGGUAUUUCACCAUCGCACACGAAAUUGCACACAAUCUCGUGCAACCACACAAUUCCGAGCACGAAUUCUAUUUUUCUGCUAUCUGCGAACGUUACCUUGUCCAACUCGCUCGACAGCUACAGGGAUCUUCAUCUACCAGUUCAUAA